ACCAAGCAAGUGCCUGGCUACGCCACACACCGUCACUACUUGGAAGCGCCUAACGGCGCGCGCUCGUUUUUUUCUUCUCCAGAGCCGAUCUACCGGUAGACGAGGAGGAAGUGAACGAUCUCGUUCUAUUUCUUGCGCCAUGGCAGGAUGCAGCUCGGCGGAGAUUUCGCAGUUUCUGGGCCGCAAAACUUUGCGGCUGCACCGGUCUCGUUCUCUGCACAGCCCAGGGGCCGUGAGUCCAUCGACCAGUGGACACUCGUGGUCCGAUGCGGUGCCUUUGCGCCGACGGUCGCUUAGCCUGGGUGCCAGAUGCCUGGAGGGACAGGUCAGCCCCGGGUCGCCGGACUUACAGUUGUGGGACAACAAAGCCGUGGAAGAGCGGAGCGGCGGCAGCCGGAAUGCGCCGUCUACGCCGAAGUCCGGCUGCCGCCGCUCGCCGGGAGAGCCGGAAUUCGGCGUCUACAAGCUGGUGCGAUCGCCCGGCGUCACUUGCCUGCGGUCGGGCGUGCGGGUGUCGGCCGGACCGUCCUCUGCGAAGAAGAGUUUCUGCGCCGGCCAGUAGACCCCGGACGUAUUCAGGCGCACUCCGACGACCUUCCGGAUGCAGCACCUGGUCUACUCGAGCAGCCACCGCAAUGAGC